GUCUCCGCACCGCCAGUCGUACGCUCACGCUAGCACGAACGGGUGUUUAUCAAGUUACCGUCGCGCCGCUACUUCGCCCGUACUCGCAUAAUCGGCAUUGUUUUUCUUGCGUGUUUUAACGCAGCUGUAAAAAGUUUCAGGUGACGUGCGAUGGUAGUACAGUAAUAGUGCCGUGCUGGAUUUGUUUUUGAAAUAGUUGGGGAAGUGUUUAUCGUUGCGAGCGCUGGAGUCGGUGAGGAGUCAGUGGGACCGGCGGCGGGCGGUGUUGGGGCUGUAGUGACGGGUCGGUGGAUGGUGCGGCGCGGGCGGGCGCCGGGGCGCGGCCGGCGGCGCCGCUAGCAAAAUGUCGAUACCCCUUGGCCGGGAGACUGUGCUUCCCACGCAGUGCAUGGCGCGAGCGUUGUACGACAACAUAGCGGAGUCACCAGACGAAUUGGCAUUCAGACGAGGCGACCUCCUCACCGUACUGGAGCAGAACACGGGAGGGAGCGAGGGCUGGUGGCUCUGCUCACUAAGAGGCAGACAGGGAAUAUGUCCAGGCAACCGUUUGAGGAUAGUGGCCGGGGUAUUCGAUGCCAGCUCCACGGCACAGAGGCGGCGGACGCGGACACCCGCGCCCGUCGCUCACCAGCCAAUGCCGGCUCAACAAUCUCCAGCUUUUACCAAAAUCGAAGAAUGUUCACAUUACGAUGUACCCAGAGCACCUAUGCCUGUACAGCGUCUCGGGACGUACGACUGUCCCCGCCCUACGGCUGAUUGGUACGACGCCCCGAGAGCCCCUCGACCCGCAAGCGCUGACUCAGCUUGCAGCGGCACCGGCUCGCUGACCUCAGCCACGUCAAGCGCUUCAGCGAACUCUGGGAGCUCAGUACACUCAGCGUCAAGCACGUACGAUGUGCCGCGGUCGCGCGCUCUGCCCCUGCCCUGUGAUGCAGCGUUGGAAGCGCUUGAACGAUUACAAGAAGAAGCAUCAGCCGCGGUAUCCCGGCUGCUGUCGUACGUGUCGCCGGGGUGGCGGCGGCGCGGCGCACUGCGGGCGCGCGUGCUGGACGUGCGCGUGGCCGGCGCCCGCCUGCGCGCCGCGCUGCACGACCUCGCCGUGUUCGCGGACGCCACGCUGGCUAACGCGCACGAUGCACAAGAUAAAGGUAUCGCAGUAAAGCUACGGCCGCUGGUGAAAGCGCUAAAGGACGCAGAACGCAUCACGCACGAGGCGACAAGCGCGUUAGACGCAGGCGACUGGGCGCCAGAACGCUUGGAGCGGGACAGAGAGCCCACAGACGGCACGCAGGACGCGCUCGACCAGCUCGUGGCGUGUGCGAGGUCGCUCACUGAAGAUGUGAGACGCGCUGCUUCGUUUAUACAUGGAAACGCGUCACUGCUCUUCAGACGAUCAGCUACAGUCCCCGAACACGAAUGGACAGAAGAAUACGAUUAUGUGAGGCUAGAAUCACGAACAGCGGUGGGCCGUCGCAACGCGGAGAUCAGAGCGGCUUUACCUGACAAGCUGCGAGCUUCAUUCGACGCUCUAGUCAGAGAUGCUGACCAUGCUGGCGAGGUUAGCGCAGUAGCAGCAGCCACCCGCCUGCCUCCAGACGACAGGCAACUAGCGGCAUUCUACGCAGCGCAGACCGCAACAUACGGCGCCCACCUCUCCACAGCAGUAGAAGCCUUCUUGCGAACUAUAGAGAUGGGCCAGCCGCCAGACGUGUUCCUCGCGCAUGGAAAGUUCGUCGUGCUAAGUGCGCACAGGAUUGUGCAUGUUGGCGAUACGGUGCAUAGGAGUGCACAGCACGCGGGGUUGAAAGCGAAAAUACUCCGAUGUUCUGACGCUCUAUCAGAUGCACUGGCAACAACCGUCGCUAAGACGAAAGCGGCAGCGCAGCAAUUCCCUUGCGCGAGUGCCGUAGCUGAAAUGGCGGAAUCUGCUAGAACCCUCGCAGCAAGAGCACAAGAGUUGAGAAGGGCUUUAGUAAGGGCUGCAGAACCACCGCAAGACACUCCGGCUACUACAGUCCCCCCUUCCACGACAAGUACCCCGUUAACUCCUCUUACUCCCAUCGCUCCCCACGGCGCCUCUCUCCCAGUACUAUAAACUCUUCCUGCUUAUGCCAUGGAUUUGAAACGCUUAUGGAAUUCAAGCAGACAAUAUUCAGUAGAACUAGAUGCUCCAGUUUUCGACGUCUUGAUCGGUGGGUUGAGGUUGGGCAAUGGAUUUUGACUAAGGAAAUACUUGUCAAACUCAAGAAAAACCUACUGAUCGCAGAUUUUAUAAAUAUGAUGCUAUAGACGUGUGUACUUAAGGAUGAUUUUAUUUUGGAUAUUUUACAUGGUUUGAGGGAAUGACAGGAUUUGUGCUGGACACCGAGGAAGCUGGUUUUCCUCCAAAAACUUAAAAAGGCCGGUACCAAAGACAAAUGAUGAUGCGCAAUUUAUACAUCGAGUAUACUGCCUAAUGAAAACAAAAUGCGAAUAGUUUAUAUUCAAUGUUAGCAAUAUAAUUCCGAUCUUUGAUUCUGCAAACAUUGGUCAAAGGUUUUAGGAAUUUAAAACAUAAAAGGCUAUCAAUUUAUGAUUCAGAAUGGAAUGCAUAAAAAAUGAUUUUAGAUGCUGGAUGCUCAUUUGCUGUAGUGAGUUGAGUUGUCCGUCCAGUUUUAUACAAUUUUGCAUCAAUUGUAAUUUAAGAAUAUCGUUCAAUAAUAUUAAAGCCUUACUUUACACAAGGAGAUGUUUGAACCUCAAUACGUAGGUACCUAACGUACCAUGUUAUUCUUGUUCCAUCAUUGUCUUCCUAACGAUAAAAAAUAGAGGUGUGGUCAUGUAGACAAAUAUUUCCUUGUGUAAAUAAAGCUAUAUUUGUAAACUAAAUGUGUUGUAAAGCGUACAAAUUGUGCUCGUAGUAAAAAGCAAUUUAUUGCUUUAUUGUUAAAGUGCAUAAUCGUAUUCCAGUGGUCUGCAGGAUAUGAUUAUGUCUGACGUAUGUAGCUCCAAUGCAGUGAUUAUAAAUUUAACUAUAAAUGUUCCUUGAAAGCAUUCUAUGUAUGUUAAGGCUAUAAAAGCUCAGUAUUGCGCUAGAAUUUAUGACCAAUAAGUGUGUAAGACAACUAAAUUAUUUGGUGUUUUAUGUGAAGAAUUUGAAUGCCUGUGCUCAAUUAUUCAAGUUUUGUUCAACAAAUUACAAAGUAGAUGGACACUGCCAGUAAAACGAGAUUUUUAAUCAAUAUUGACAAAUCUGGAACUUUCGAAAACAUUUUACAUUUUAUAGCAUACCAAUUGUAUUUAUACUCCAAGAUUUACCAACGAUUUCGUGGCAGAAUAAUAAUUGAGAAGUAAUAUUAUAUAAAUUAUUGUAAGCCGAUGCAAUGGAUCUUAAUUGACGGUAUCGCGAUAUCUUGUAUUUUAUAAAUAAACCAUAACUAAGCGUAGAAUACAAUAUAUCAAUGUAAAAACAUGUUGUAUAUUAGCUAUGUGUAAUAUAUUUCCUAGAUGUCGUAGUUUAGUUAGGUAUAGAUGAAAUUGUACAAAAGGCAUAUUAAAUAAUUUUAUUGAUUGUAUUAUAAUUUAAUCGUCUUGCAAAACGCAAUCAAGUAAAUAUACAAAAUUUCGUAUUUA